AUAAAGCACAAAGCUAGUAAUAUAAAGCAUAGAGCUUAUACUAAAUAUAUUGAGUUCAAAAUCUCUAUAUAUUGAACAUAACUUUCCCUUAUUUUAAGAUCAUAAAUUUCAUGUUGGUAAAGAAGUAGCACACAAAAAAAUGAAGAGUAGUUUGCUAGGGUUUAUGGCAAUCUUGGAAAAACAUAAACCUUAUGUUUCCAUGAUCUUUAUUCAAUUCAUAUAUGCUGGAAUGGCUCUUCUUUCAAAGGCAGCAAUUUCCAAAGGAAUGAGUCCUUAUGUGUUUGUUGUUUAUAGACAAAUCUUUGCAUCACUUGCUUUAUUUCCAUUUGCUUAUUUUGACAGUAAGCAUGGUGCUCCAUUAUCAUGCAACUUGUUGUGCAAAUUGUUUCUAGUUUCAUUUGUUGGGUUAACAGCAAGUUCAAACCUUUACUAUGUUGCAAUCAACUAUACCUCUGCAACAUUUGCUGCUGCUUGCACAAACACAAUCCCUUCAAUUACUUUCAUCAUGGCAAUUUUAAUUGGGGUUGAAACCAUUUCAAUAAAAUACAAGCAUGGAGUUGCAAAGAUUUUGGGCUCUGUUCUAAGCCUUUCUGGUGCUAUAGUAUUUGCUUUAGUUAAAGGACCACCGUUAGAUUUCUUAAGAUGGAAUUCAGAAAAUCAAAAUCAUAAUAUUCAUGAAUUCUCAAAAGUUCAUUCCAAAGGAGAUAAUAUUAAAGGAUCUCUUAUGAUGCUCUCAGCAAACACUUGUUGGUCCUUAUGGCUUAUUUUGCAGGGAUUUAUUGUAAAGCAAUACCCAGCAAAAUUUAGGCUGACAAUGAUACAAUGCCUUUUUAGCUUCAUACAAUCAGGAAUAUUAGCUAUUGUAAUGGAGAGGAAUCCCUCUGCAUGGAAGCUAGGAUGGGAUAUUCAUCUUCUUUCAGUGGCUUAUUGUGGUGUAAUUGUAACUGGCAUUUGUUAUUGGCUCCAAGUAUGCACUAUAGAGACGAAAGGUCCAGUUUUCACUGCCAUGUUUACCCCUCUAGCUCUUGUACUUACAGCAAUUUUCUCAGCAAUUUGGUGGAAAGAAACACUCUUCUGGGGAAGUAUUGGUGGCACUGUUUUGCUAGUUAUUGGGCUGUAUAGUGUAUUGUGGGGGAAGAAUAAGGAGUGUGUAAAACAAGUAGUACAAGAAAAAGCAGAAACUAGAUUGGAGUGCGUUAUACAGUCUGAUGGAUUUGACACAGUUUAACAACAGAUGUUCUCCCAUGUUGAGUGUACUUCCUUAUGUUUCUUUACAUUAUCAUGUAUACCUUGUCACCCUUGUUGGUUCAGCUUUAUGGAUAUUUUAGUUUUCUAUUUACUUAUAUAGUAUAUAAAGUAAUAAAUAUAUGUGUAGCUGAGGCCUUCUAUAUUAAGGGUUUUUUUUUUUUUGUGGAGGUAUUGAGGUCUCAGA